CAAUUCCAUAAAAAAAAAACUUUUUUUUUUUCACAAAGUAACGCGGAAUAAAUACAAAAAAUUAUUCAAAGUGGCGUCGUCUGGUGAAAAUACGGCGAAUGCGUCCUCGCCCGCUAUCACGACAAAUCGCAUCGCAUUGACGACGCUCGAUAAUGCCAUUGCACAGGCAACGAGUGCUGGCGGUGCCGUACUUGUGGCGGAAAUUCAAAUUUCGCCCGUGGGAACGGCAGCAACGGCAAGCAGCGGAAAUACGACGACGACGACAAUUAUAAAGGCAGCGAAUCCGCCUGGCACGACAACGGUGCAAGCUGUGGCGCAGCAAAUGAGACUGUCGCCGUUGCAGUCGUCGCAUGCGACAAACAGCACGGGCGGUCGGGAUAUUACUUCCAGCGGGAGUGGAGUCAUGACAGCUCAAAUAGAAAUUAUACCAUGCAAAGUGUGCGGAGAUAAGUCGUCGGGAGUGCAUUAUGGAGUCAUUACUUGUGAAGGCUGUAAAGGAUUUUUUCGAAGAUCUCAAAGUUCUGUUGUAAAUUAUCAGUGUCCACGGAACAAGCAAUGCGUCGUGGAUCGUGUUAAUAGGAAUAGAUGUCAGUAUUGCCGACUGCAAAAGUGCCUAAAAUUAGGAAUGAGUCGUGAUGCUGUCAAAUUUGGUCGAAUGUCAAAGAAACAACGUGAAAAGGUUGAGGACGAGGUGCGAUUCCAUCGUGCCCAAAUGCGUGCGCAAAGUGAUGCUGCUCCGGAUAGUUCAGUAUUUGACACACCGACGCCAUCAAGUAGUGACCAACUGCAUCAUAGUUAUAACAGUUAUCCGUACUCUAAUGAAGUCAGUUAUGGCAGUCCUUACGGUUAUUCGGCAUCGGUGACACCGCAACAAACGAUGGGAUAUGACGGAAUAUCGGCAGACUUUGUCGACAGUACAACAACAUACGAACCACGAAGCACAAUAAUCGACCCAGAGUUCAUGGGACACAAUAAAGAAGACUCAGCGCAGCAGCAACCCGUAACAUCGCAACAAUCACAACCGCAACAACAACAACAACGCACAAUAACCCUUAACGAAAUCCGUUUGCCACGAGCACUCGUUACUGCUGGCACGUCAUCCGCAUCUUCGUCGCAAGUCACCUUUCUCACAACCACCGCUGCUGCGUGCUCGUCUUCGCCGCAUUCGAAUGACGGAGCCGCCGGCACCAUAAUCACGAUCAAGCAAGAAAAUAUCGCGAGCUUGAGUGGUGCGAGUUUCGUGGAUUCCACGACUUUCCUUGCGGCACCCAAUUCCCCGAGUUGCACGCAAAUGGUGAAUCCUAGUUUAGUGUGUAACGCGACUACUGCCUCAAGUACAGCCGACGAUAUCAAUGAAGUACUGAUAAAAACAUUGGCGGAAGCCCAUGCAAACACAAACCCGAAGCUGGAUGAAGUACACGAGAAAUUCAGGAAGUCUCAAGACGUCACCCAAGUUAUGUACUAUAAGAAUCUGAAUCGGGAAGACUUGUGGCUGGAUUGUGCGGAAAAAUUGACAAAUAUGAUACAAAAUAUUAUUGAAUUUGCUAAGCUAAUACCUGGUUUCAUGAGACUUAGUCAAGAUGAUCAGAUUCUCUUGUUAAAGACUGGCUCCUUUGAAUUAGCAAUCAUACGCAUGUCCCGCCUGAUGGACUUGUCGCAAAAUGGUGUGUUGUAUGGUGAAGUGAUGCUGACACCCGAUGCCUUCUAUACCUCAGAUUCGUUCGAAAUGAAGCUCGUGGCGAAUAUCUUUGAGACGGCAAAGAGUAUUGCGGUACUGAAGUUGACGGAAACGGAGUUGGCACUGUAUCAGAGUUUGGUGUUACUGUGGCCAGAACGAAAUGGAGUAAGAGGCAAUACGGAAAUUCAAAGACUUUUCAACAUGAGCAUGUCAGCAAUCCGACAAGAGAUUACGGCAAAUCAUUUACCGCUCAAAGGAGACGUUACGGUGCUGGACACUCUCAUUAACAUGAUACCAACGUUCCGCGAAUUAUCAUUAAUGCAUAUGGAUGCCCUGAACAAAUUCAAACUUGAGCAUCCGGAAUAUGUGUUCCCAGCCCUUUAUAAAGAACUGUUUUCUAUCGACUCCCAGCAAGAUCUCGUAACAUAACAUCAGAAAUACGAACACAAUAAUCAACGAGAGACAGAAGAGGAGGAGGACGAAGACGAGGACGAGGAUGGUGAUAGUGCAGUUUGCAUACGCGGACAUUUCAGUAAGAAUCAUAAAAAUCCAAAUAACACCGAUAACAAUACAGUGGUUAUAAUUAUACAACAACAACAACAAUCGGAUGAAACAUAAUUGGAGAUAUAAAAUUUUUAUUAA